AUGGCAUCCACGUUCGCUAAUCUGCCGCGCGCGGACCAGCUGGUGUAUCUGAACUGCGCCGAUUUCGUCGGCUCAAGCACGAAAGCCACCGUCUGUUCCGAUCCGUUUCUGCUGUUUCUUUGCGAUUUCGAUAAGGAAUGCGAUGCCGCCGCCGCCGCCGCCGCCGAAGCUGACGAAAGGUCACACCGCGAAGAUGGGACGACCGGCGGGGCGUUCGAGGAUGAGCCCGGCGAAGAUGAGGCCAACCAUCAGCUUCCGCUCCGGUACGAGCUGCGGCCCUCGCAGGAUCAAGUGCUCGCGGCGGCACGCCAAACGUGGAACGCGCUGUCGGACGAGGCGCGAGAACCGUAUCGCUUUCGGGCGAUCACGGCCGCACUCUUUCCGGCAGCCAUCGAUCAGGCGCUCUGA